AUGCAUAAAGCCCGCGGUGGCAGUCGAAAGAAGAACAACUACCGUAAGCAGCAGCGUCCCGAUCGAGCUAGUCGUCCGCUGGCCGAGAAGCUGUCCGAACUUACGGUGGAAAGUGAUUCCUCUUCGGCAGCAGAAGAAGAAACCGACGAGUCCGGUUCCGGCCACAGUUCGGAUGAGGAAUCAACACCCAAGAACAAAUUCGACAUUGGAAAACCACCCAAAUUUCCCGUUAGUAUGUGGGACUUGAAGCACUGUGAUCCAAAAAAGUGUUCCGGUCGCAAACUGGCUCGGCAUGGAUUGAUCAAAAACUUACGUCUAGGACAGAAAUUCCCUGGACUAGUUUUAACCCCCGUUGGAGUAAAUUGUGUGAGCCCACAGGAUAAGGAAAUAAUAAAGUCAUCCGGCAUUGCGGUGGUAGACUGUUCGUGGGCUAGAUUGGACGAAACGCCAUUCAACAAGAUGCGGUCGCCAAAUCCACGAUUGUUGCCGUUUCUUGUUGCCGCAAAUCCAAUCAACUAUGGUAAACCAUGUAAGCUGUCGUGCGUAGAGGCGAUUGCUGCAUCGAUGUACAUUACCGGCUACAAACAGGAAGCGCUUUGGUAUUUGAACAAAUUUUCCUGGGGUCAUUCGUUUGUUGAGCUUAACCAGGAGCUUCUCGACGCUUAUGCCGGCUGUGCGGACAGUAAGGAGAUACUGGAAGUUCAGAAACAAUAUCUAGAAAAUGCAAGGGAGGAACUGCAGGUGGAUCGUAGUUUCCCCAGCACCGAAUCGGAAGAAGAAGACGAUGCUGAUGAUGGUGAAGAUGAGUCAGAAGAGGAAAGUGAUGGAUCAAAAAAAGGUGAAACAAGUAUAUCGGACUCUGGGCAAGAUAACCGAAUGGUAAACGAGGCAGAAUGUGUAACGGAAAAUAAAAUAUAA